UUCCGGCAAUAUGUCCACUCUCUCAGUUGGUCCUGGGCCCCGUGUGGCCCAUUCGUGCAUCUUCCGGUCACUCCCGACUCCGGUGCGGUGAGCCCCUCGCCGCCCGCCGGCGAUCUCCGUAUACAAGAGGAAAUAAAUAGCCAGCCCGCCAACUCUCCCGCACUCCGGCUCGGUAGCGUUUCCCUUUCCCCGUUCGGUUGGUACAAGCGCUCGCGCUCCUGGCCAGCUGGCUGGCUGGAUCUAACCGGCCAGAACCCUAACCUACCCCCGCGGGUCUCGAAUCCUGUCCGCAUGGAUCCGGCCGCCAACGGCGACAAGCCCUCCGACGAGCAGCAGCAGUUCGAUCCCAGCCGGAUGAUUGGCAUCAUCAAAAGGAAGGCCUUGAUUAAAGACCUAGCCGCUGCUUACCAUGCUGAGUGUGUAGCAUGUUGUAAAGAGCUUCUCGAGCUUCAGAGAAAAUGGGAGGAGGAGCAAUGCGUCGAAGCUAAGAUGCCUGAAGUGCCAAAACCAUCUUCGACGAAGCCUUCUAAGCGCAGGAAGAGGUAGAUCUAAUAGGGAAUUAACCGAUGAUGCGCUUUAUUUCAGGGGUGUGGAUGAGAGGAAGAAAGAAAAGACCCAUGUAAACAUAGUUGACCUCCUGAUACACAGGAAGGCGUGAUGAAACACUACUGAGAUUCGCGGUCUGUGGCACACGCAUCGUCUUAAAAUGUGGCACGAGCUGGUAAAAUGGUUUCUGAGUGAUGUGUGUUUACUGGAGUGGUCAAUCACCAUGUGUAGUGAAGCAACAUUGCAAAAGUAUCAGUGCAACAACUUUGUAAA